UUAAAGGAACACUUCACUAAAAAUAUGCAUACAACCUUUUCAUUUUAGUGAACAAUUCUUUUUUAUAUUUACUUGAGAAUAUAUUCUGUAAAAAUAUGUGAGAAGAAAGCUGUUUCUCUAGUAGACCCGAACAAUUGUUUAGUAUCUGAAGAACCCUGAAAACAUCUGUUCUUUCAACAACUAGUGAUAAAUUUAAAUAUUUCAGAUUCCCCGUUAGAUAGAUAGAAAGAUAGAUAAGAUGGGUUUAUGUAAAUGUCCCAAAAGGAAGGUUACAAACCAGUUCUGUUUUGAGCACAGGGUUAACGUCUGUGAACACUGUAUGGUCAACAGUCAUAAAAAGUGUGUUGUACAAUCCUACCUAGCCUGGCUGCAAGACUCAGAUUUCUCUCCCGACUGCGGGUUCUGCAGAUCAAACCUUGCUGAGGAGGAAUGCGUCAGAUUGACCUGUUACUGCUUGUACCACUGGAGUUGUUUGGAUAAUCAUUGUAGAAACCUGCCAGCCAAUACAGCACCAGCGGGAUAUAUAUGUACACAGUGUGAUGCUUCAAUCUUCCCACCAGAUAAUCUAGUUUCUCCAGUAGCAGAUCAGCUACGGAAACUUCUACAGGAUGUGAACUGGGCUAGAGCUGGAUUAGGUUUACCCCUGCUAGCGGAUAAUGUUGAGAGAAAACCAGGUUCUGCACCUGUAGGACCUCGCCCAACUCCAGAGGGAGAGGACAAAUCAGGAGAUACAGCUCAUCUAGCUCAUGAGCUUGCAUCAGGGAAGAAGGGAGGUCGGAACACCAGCGGAGGUUGGAAGAAUGACACUGUCGUCAACUUUGAAGCUUCGACCUCAAGACGCCUGAAUAGUGAUGCUAGUCUGAGUUCUCCUCUUCUUGGAGGAGGAGAUCCAGACUCAGAUAGUAAUAAAUACAAGAGACGAUCACCCACCGAGCUCUUAUUCAGAUGGUUGAAAUCCUUGACUAAACCUGCUGCACAGAGAAGAAGAGGGCCUGCUGGAUACUGUAUGCUUAUUCUUACUUUAAUCAUAGUUAUAGCUUCACUAGCCGCUAUAUUCAGGGUUGGUGAUAUUUAGAUAACACGGGAAACAUGGCGGAUACAAUAUAGAAGAUUUCAUCAGACUAAUUUACAGGGACUGUAACGUUAUUUAGAGUGGCAUAUCCUGUUCACCGCGGUGCCCUUUAAACGAGAUAUCCUUGUUUUCUGACAUUUUCAAAUGUGGUUAUUCUAUAAAAGUUACUCAAGAAUUUUUGCUACAGAUUCAACAACGGAAAUAAACAGAAUUGAACACUGUCUUAGAUAUAAAAAGGACUAUAUCUUCCUUAUAUGGGUACUGUAGUGAAUCGGACAUGACAAGACAUUUAUCUAAAAAUAGGGAGCCACUUUAAAUUUUAUCUUCACUCUUAAGCCACUCUCAACCUUAUUAGAUCAAUGUUAAAUUUAACCUCUGAUAAUUUUGUAUUUAUUAACUGAAAUUCUAAUUUCUUUUUCCUUCCGUUAUAAAGUAUGCAUUUAACAAUAUCUGUGAUGUUUGCUUGUUACCAUUCAAAAAAUUUAAAAAAAAAGUUUUCAUAUUUUAAAGAUUUUUGAUUGCACAUUUCUAGUUUGUUCUUCACUUUUUUUCUAACAAGCAAGUUUAAAAAUUUACGGAGUUAAAAGCAAUAGUUACUAUAAAAUUAGUUAAUAUCUGUAAUUUGUAUGCAAUGUAUUGAACAGUAACAUUUUUUCAAUUUAUUUUAGAUAAUUAAAAGCAUUUUUCAAUUUUUAAACUACCAAUUUCUCUUAUUUAUUUUCCAUAAUUUGGUGCGAGUCUAUAUUUCAGUCAAGUGUUUAUCUUAAACGUUAAUUUUGGUUUACGAAUUCCUAGCAUACUGACAAGUGAUAAUAAACAAAAUUCUUCUAAAUAUGAUACAUUAUUUUACUUUAUCUGCAAUAUUUUUAAUUGAUAAGUGAAGGGAUAAACAUUCUUUUCAAAGAAUAUCCUUUCAUUCAGAAAAGAAAUUAUGUUAUUUUCAAAACUAUUUUUUAAUUUUAAACAUUUAUCACAAUGGAUUUUAGUUGUAAGAAUUAUUAUUGAGAAAUGUGUGAAUUUACUAUUAUUGAGAAGAGAAUGGUGACGGAUACCGAAUAUUAAAUUGUGAAUUGGUAUGGAAUGUGUUAAAUCUUAAAUAUUUCUGUUUUUGUUAACUAAUUCCAUCCCUAUACCCCACGGAAUAUCAAGUUUUUAGAACUUAUAUGUUUUAAUCUAAUGUUCGACACACAUAUUUAUACAUAAUUUUGCAAGUAUAAUGAAAUAUAUAUUUAAGCUUGAAA